AUGAGGUGCUGCAAAAAGGUGGACACCCAGGAAGACAACCAUAUUGCUCCGCUUGCUCCCAAGAUGGCAGAACGUCUUGCAAAUAGCAUCUAUCCUCCCUGUCUCAGGGCUCCCUGCACUUCCCCCGGCGAUUCAGAUGCGCCCAAGUCGACCUCUAUCAAGCCAGCAUUGGAGGACAUGGUCAUUGACGGAGUUCGUGGUAAUUUGGUAUGGAGAGGGCCUGGCUCCCUCUCUGGCACAGAACUUCGUAUAUCCAAUUGCCACGACUCCACAAUAGUCCUCCUUGAUAACGUCAGCACAGUCACCGUCGACGACUGUGUGGGUUGUGACAUUGUCCUUGUUGCAAGCAGCCAGAGCACAUUCCUCCGCUCCUCCACAAGGUGCCGCUUCGCUGUCUCCUCUGGCCAACUACGCACCCGAGACCUAACUGCUUGCUCCAUUUUCCUCCACUGCAACACAGAUCCCAUUAUUGAGUCCUCCGAGGAUCUCACCUUCAUGCCGUUUUGCAUUGGCAUAAAUCUGCCCGAUGCCUUCUCCGACAACUCCAAGGUAGAGCAAGUAGUUUACUACAUUAACUACGCAAUCCAGAGCGCCCAGGCGCGUGCUUCACUGAUAGGACUGAAGAAUCGUUUUGAGAGAGUGUACAACUUCACCCCUGAGAAGAACACCUAUAAGGUGGUUCUUCAGCCAUCUGCAAAUUGCACAGAUAUCGAGAAGCCACCAACUGUUCGAUUCCCGUCUAAUACAUCGGAUCUGUGGAAUGAUGCCAACGUACUGACUACUUAUAAUGCCCCAAAGACUGGAGAUCUGGGGAAGGCUAUAGUGACCACGUCCGGCGGAAUGGUCCAUGGAAUGAUGAGGCCUACGUCGCUAGCUCAAACAAAUCUUUUCGGCGAUGAGCACUGCUACUUCUGGGUAGACGGUAUUGAUACCACGCUUCCCUCACGUGAGUAUAGUAUACGAUACAGCCAGGCAUCGUUGUGGUGGUCUUCACAGCUGUAUGGCCUGCUGGCAAUGCACAAGUUGUAUAUUCGCCAGGUUGCAGCUGUACUCCCAAGUCCAACCGUGGAGCGUGGCGGCAUCCCGGUUAGUCACGGAUUCAUCGUUGACGUUUCGGCUCCUAAUAACACACUUCAAGCACUGGUAGAGGCGACCCAGAAGUUCAAACAGUGCAGUCUAGAGCUUCCACCAGUGAAGAUCCUGAGUGGUGCGGAUAUAUUCAGAGCACAUGAAUUGAUUGCGUUCUGGAAUAGUGAAAUGAGCCUUGCCUAG